ACUCUACUCAGCCAUCCACCAUUUCUGAACAGUGAAGCCCAAUUUACCUACCAUCCACGAAAUCUCCCUCGAUUUCCCCAAUUUUUUAAUUUUUGCCUUGGUUACAAAUUACAAUUUCCUUGACUUGAUCUGCAACAAGGUCGUUGCUAUCAGCAGUUUUUUUUUUUUCACCAAAUUUCUCCCCAAAAUCGAAGGAUUCUCAAUUCCAUCAAUAACAAUGAAGUAACAACUUUAGCUCAAUUCACUUGUAAUUUUCAAGGGAAAAAAAAAAUGUCGAAACCCCAACAAAGAAUCAUCAAAACUCUUCUCAAAUUAAACUUCAAUGUAAUUCACAAUCAAACCCAGAUUUCUUCUUCAAUCACAAAACCCUCAAUUCAUCAUAAUGUACGUAGGUUUGCAACUAAUUUAUCAAAUGGGUUUGCAAAUUCAGCUGCUAAAUCUUCCAAAACCCUCCUAAAUCCUGGUUUUCCAUCUUCAAUAUCAAGACCCAUUUCUUCAAAUGGUGUUUUAUGCCCAAAAAUUGGUUUUUUCAAGUCAUUUUUGGGAGUUUAUUGUAGGAAUUACUCGGCUGGAAAUGCUAAAUUGAAGGGAAUUUCUGCAAAAACAUUGGGUUUUGAAAAAUUGGUGUUUAACCCACUUAAUAUUAGGCAGUUUUCAACUAAGAUUUCAGGUCUUGGGAGUAAGCUUAAUGCAGGUAAAUUGAACAGCAAUGCUGCUAAAAAAGUGGUUGAGAAGCCUUUAUCAGCUAUUAGCUCGACGUUUUCGCGGUAUAAGGGAGUGAUUGGGCUGCAAAUUGAGGGGUUUUGGAAGAGGAAUUUCUUGUUCAUGAUGGGGGCAGGAGGUGUAUUUGUUUGCAUUGUACUGUGGAGGAUUAUGUUUGGGAUUGCCAAUACUUUUGUUGGAUUGUCUGAGGGGAUGGCUAAGUAUGGAUUCCUUGCUCUUUCCAGUGCCAUGGUUGCUUUUGCUGGCCUUUAUCUCCGUUCAAGGUAUAAUAUCAACCCAGAUAAAGUUUAUAGGAUGGCCAUGAAGGAGCUCAAUACAUCUGCCAGCAUUCUUGAAGUUUUGGGUGCCCCUCUUGCUGGAACUGACUUGAGAGCAUAUGUGAUGUCAGGAGGUGGGCUUACAAUGUCCAAACUCAAACCCAGGCUGAGGAGCAAGCGUUGUUUUCUUAUCUUUCCCAUAAGGGGCUCUGAAAGGAAAGGUUUAGUGAGUGUUCAGGUCAAGAAGAAAGAUGGCAAGUAUGACGUGAAAUUACUAGCUGUGGACAUUCCAAUGGCAUCAGGACCUGAUCAGCGUUUAUUCUUGAUUGGGGAUGAAGAAGAGUACAGAAUUGGCGGAGGACUGAUCGGAGAGCUAAGAGAUCCUGUAGUUAGGGCAAUGGCUGCAUCCAAAGAGUUGGAAGAGAGAGACGACAUUGAGGCAGAAGAAGAUGAAGAAAGAGAACUACAGGAGGCAGAGAGGAAGCACCAGGAACAGGUUGAGAAGCUUGAAAGGGAUAGAACCCGGUGAAUGUCAAUCCUACGAUAGUUCUUCACUCCCAUAUUCAAAGGUUUCCUUUGUGUUUUUCGCUUUUUUAGGAAGAUUCCCAAGCUGUUCAACAUGGGUGUCCCUUGCACUUAUGCAUAACUGAGUUGGGGAAUGAUUUCAUGGCUUUUUUGGUUUGUAACGAAGACCAUUUUUUAGCAGCCAUAAAACUCAGGUGAUACAACUGAGACAAAAUAGGUGGGGUUGAAGUGUAGCUUUUCUCCUACUUUUUGAAUGGAGCACAUAAAUUUGGAUUUUUUUUUAUAUGCUCCUUCAUUAAAGAUAAGAAAUAAACAAUUGUUUACAUUUUA